GCUCGAUUCGGACCAAGCUCGAGGUCCCUGUCUCGACUACCAUGUCUGCGAAGUAGGACGACUCGCAUGCGAACUCGAGGUUACACCUCAGGACUCGACCCCGCUUCUUCUUCGUCGACAUCCUCCAAUGCGUUGUAUGGCUACAUUGCGUUAGCAUCGGCUGCAAGUGGCUUGACCGGCUACUGGCUCGCGUCGCGGUCUGGCGCUCCCGAGGCCAAGAAGACCACACCAGUCCCUCAACUCGACGCGCCGGCGCCCCAGUAUGGCUCGCCGGAAGAUUUCAAGAAAGCCAUCGAGGAGUUGAAGUCAUCACUGUCUCAAGACGCUGUAUCGACCGAUCCCGACGUUCUACGCGAACACGGCUACUCCGAGAAUGACUACCACCCCAGUACGCCUCACAGCGUCGUCAUAUUUCCCUCUUCCACCGAGGACGUCGUCAGAGUGGUCAAAAUAGCAAACAAGUAUCGCAUGCCCGUGAUCCCGUAUUCAGGCGCGACCAGUCUUGAAGGCCAUUUCCGCGGGUACGCAAAAGGAGGCAUUUGUGUUGAUGUAUCCGGCAUGGAUGCAGUCCUCGAGAUUCACGAGGCGGACUCAGAUUUAGUUUGCCAGCCUGGUGCGAGAUGGGUUGAUAUCAAUCAAAUGCUCAAGGAGAAAGGAAUACCUCUAUUCUUCCCUCUCGACCCAGCACCCGGAGCGACAAUCGGUGGUAUGUUCAGCACAGGCUGCUCGGGAACCAACGCGGUCCGAUAUGGCACGGCGAAAGCUGAAUGGUUCCUGAAUGCUACCAUUGUACUGCCGUCCGGUGAAGUUAUCAAGACACGACGGCGAGCACGCAAGUCGUCAGCCGGCUUCGAUGUGACCAAACUCUUCAUCGGGGCGGAGGGGACGCUUGGCAUAGUUACGGAGUUGACUAUCCGUCUUGCACCGCUACUGCCCACAACAGUGGCCGUUGCACAAUUCCCCGAUGUUCGAAAGGCAACGGAGGCUGUGGGAGAUAUUCUAAACAGUGGCGUUGGUAUUCAAUGUGUUGAGUUGUGCGAUGAUGACUUCAUGCGCGCCACCAACAUCUAUGGCUCAUCCACCCGCAAAUGGCCAGAGAAGGACUCGCUUUUCUUCAAGUUUCAAGGCGCGACACGGACUUCGCUUGAGGAGUCGGCCCGUAUCGCCAAAGAGAUCGUUGAAAAGCACGGUGGAACGGGCUUCCAGCUCGCUGCCGAUGACCAAGAAGCAGCUGACCUAUGGCAGGACCGGAAGAACGCUCUGUACUCGAGUUUAGCCCUUGUACCGGGAGGCAGGGGAUGGAGCACGGACGUCUGUGUUCCGGUCUCGCGUUUACCGGACUUGGUAUAUGCAACCAAGAAGGACGUGCAAGAUUCGGGGAUUGUAUGCACUAUCGUUGGGCAUGUAGGAGAUGGUAACUUCCAUACCUUGCUCUUGUUCAAAAAUGAACAAGAGCUGGAAAUUGUCCGCGGCCUCGUGCAUAGGAUGGUCGAGCGUGCAAUAGCGCUCGAUGGAACAUGUACAGGUGAACACGGUGUAGGUAUCGGAAAGAAGGAGUAUCUGUACGAUGAGCUGGGAGCGGGCACUAUCGAGCUUAUGAAGAAGAUCAAACGGACGAUUGAUCCGCUUGGACUAUUCAACCCCGGAAAGCUUUAUCCUGACAAACCUGAAACGGAGCCUCAUCCAGUGGAGACCAUCACUGCUAGACCGCAAUGAUUGCGGGCGUAUUGAACCCACAUCUUCGGCCAUUUUCGGUGCACUAUUUACAUGGAGC